AUGUUUGGUUCUAAAAAAGCUUUACUAUUAUUAGCCAAUGGCAGUGAAGAAAGUGAAGUUGUCAUUACAGUUGAUGUUCUUCGUCGUGCUGGCAUCAAAGUAACUAUUACAUCAAUUGAAGCAAAUCGUGAAGCAUUGAAAUGUGCCCAAGAUACUGUCAUCGUGCCAGAUAUAUCUAUUAAUGAAUUGUCAACUGAUGAUAAAUAUGAUGUAGUUGUUGUUCCCGGUGGUGAGAAAGGCUCAGAGGCUAUGGCAAAAAAUCUAGCUGUUGGAAAUCUUCUUCAACAACAUUACGAAAAGGGAAAGCUUGUCGCUGCCAUCUGUGCUGGUCCAACAGUAUUUCAAGCACAUAAAAUUGGCCUAAAAAAUGCUACGAUUACUGCUUAUCCUGAAUGUCAGAACGAUCUGAAAACAGACUAUAAUAUUGUUGAUCAACCGGUGCAUCAUUGUGAAUUGAAAACAGCCGAUGGUGAACGGCAUAUGAUAACUAGCCAAGGACCCGGAACAGCAUUCGCAUUUGCGUUGAAAAUUGUCGAAGUUCUCGAUGGAUCAUCGAAAAUGACAAAAAAAGCGUUAGUCUUCAUUGCUAAUGGAAGUGAAGAAAUUGAGACGGUCACCACUGUCGAUGUUCUUCGACGUGCCGAAAUCGAUGUUGAUGUUGUUUCCAUUGAAAAAAAUGGGCAAGAUGCCUUGAAAUGCAGCCGAAACGUUCGUGUCCUGCCAGACAAGGCGCUUGAUGAUGUAAAGACUAAUCAAUACGAUUGUGUCGUAAUCCCUGGUGGAAAUGAUGGAUCAAAGGCAAUGGCUGCCAGUACUGAAGUUGGUCAAAUUCUAACGAAACAUUAUGAAGAUGGAAAAGUUGUUGCUGCUAUUUGUGCUGGACCACGAGCAUUACUAGCUCAUAAGAUCGGGGUCAACCAUAAGCAUACAAUAACAUGUUAUCCAAGUGUUCGUAAAGAAUUCACUGACGGUGAACCGUACAAACUCGAAGCUCCUGAUCAGGUUGUUUGCCAUAGUAAACAAACAGCAGCAGGUGCUGAAGGAAAAGAAUAUCAUAUUGUUACAUCUCAAGGACCGGCGACAACUAUGGCUUUUGCAUUGAAAUUAAUUGAAUUGCUCAAAGGCAAAGACGAAGCAACAAAAGUCAAAGAAGGAUUACUUGCAUGA